AUGUCGUUUGGUACAGGUACCAAUGUUUUCGGCAGUAACGCUACUGGCACGUCCAUCUUCGGGCAAUCCAACGCGCCAAAGCCCACAGCUUCCCUCUUCGGGAAUACGCAGACGCAGCCCUCUUCCGGGACGGGGACAACGACGGGCUUCGGUGGCUUCGGGAUGCAGCCCCAAACGCAAACACAACAGCCCACCCAAGGAAGUGCUAUGUUCGGAGGAGGCGCUUUCGGACAGACACAGCAGCAGCAACCGUCCGGAUCGACUUCGUUAUUCGGGCAGCCCGCUCAACAGCAGCAGCAGCAACCUACAACAUCGCUGUUUGGGCAGCCUGCCCAACAGCAGCCACAGAGCGCGUCAGGUACAUCUUUGUUUGGAAACCCUUCUACGACUGGGCAGCAGACUGGUGGCGCAUUUGGAAGCACACAGCCGCAACAAAGUUUGUUUGGAAGCACGCAACUGCAACAAUCAACCAGUCCAUUUGGAGCUGCGCAACCACAACAGCAGACAAAUAGUUUGUUCGGAAACACGCAGCCACAGCAGCCGGUGGGUGGACUGUUUGGGAGCACGACUACUCAGCAGACAGCUCCUAUUGGCGGGCUGGGGGUGAGUACAGCGGGGGCAUCGUUCUUCGGACAACAAAGGCAAUCAUCGAUGAUGAGCACCACACCCAUAAGUGGACCUGCACCCUUUUCAAAGUCCACGAAAUUCAACGAUCUUCCGGAUGAUAUCAAGAAGACAUUUGAAGCUAUUGACUCGCACAUUCAAGGACGUGUGCAAAUAAGCAACGAGCUCAAGCAGCGAAAAAUGGGGGAAGAGGCUAUCAAGGGUCAGGAGUUAAUUCGUGGACUACACAAGGAGCUGCUUGGUGUAUCCUCCGUUAUCCAAUCGGACUCCCUUUUUGCCAAGGACCUGAAAGCGAAGACUGAACAGGCGGUUCAAGAUACCAUUGUCGCAACCAAUAUCAUCGAGGGCUUUAAGAACCCCCAUCAGAGCGCAGCGUAUCUCAAAAACCAUGCCUCGUUCCCUCUGGAAUUCUUCACGCGAGUCACACAAGAGAUGCAGGAGCGUCUGCAGUGGUUCAAAAACACGAUCGAGCAAAUUGAGCGGAAACUAUCCGCAUCAGCAUCCCAAUCCCAAAAUACACCCCAAGCAAUAUCCUCCACCCUCCAGACACAGCACGCCAUAUUCGUCUCACUUGCGGCUAGGACUGCUGCUGUUGACGCCGAGGUUCAGAAGGUGAAGGCACUAUACACACAACUCUGGCGCGCGAAAACGGGGAGUAUGCGUGAUCCUUUCAAUGAACUUGACCGCGGGAGUGGAGGGGAGUUUGGGAUGGAGUCGUUACAGGUCAAGUGA